AAUCAUAACAUUCAGUUUGUUUUUUCAGUCUUCAAAGACGUGCGCACUUUAUUAUAUUUUUUAAACAAUUUUGUUUUUAAAUAUUUUGAUAAAAGAAACUAUUAUUAAAAUAAAAAAAAAGAAAUGUCACUACAUUUCCCAACUCGUAGCAAUACGUCGGUAAACCAAAAAGGUAGUGAUGAUGGCCCGAAACAAAGUGCAAUGCGAUCGUCGCUGAAGAGGAAGUCUGUCAGUUCGAUAUCCUCGAACGGUUUACUCGAUGGAGGUUCUGAUUCUUCCGAUACAUCACAACAGCGACGAGCUCAUUUCGACCAAAAGAACAUCGAUCUGACAUAUAAACCUGUAAAUAAGGACUAUGGAUAUAUACAGAUCAAACAAGCGGCCACACCAUUUCCACGGCGAUCAACUAUACGUUCGAGCGUUGCGGAGAAGAGAAAAAGCAAAGAAUUUGAUGAAGAAACGAAAAAACUUAUCGACCCAAUUUUGCCCCGUGAUUUCAGCAUAAUAGAAUUGCGAACCGGCGAUGAAGCUGCUGACUUUGUAACUAAACGUCAGUUAUUCUGUAAAGGUGAAUUUACCAUAACACGACAACGUAGAUCAAUGCAGGUUCAUCCGCCACUUAGAAAUAUCGAUGAGGCAGCAAGCGCUCGUAAAAGCUCCUCGAACAUCAAUUUAACUAAGUUUUUCCGCAAGCAUUAUCACCAACGGGAGAGUCCAAUUUUUGAUGAAUGAUGUUUUCCGCCUUGGCAACAACAACAUUAUGUACAUAUAGUAUGUACAUAAGUAGAACAUAUGCAUAUUGGUCUAAUAUGCCUAUCAAAUAUUUAAAUUCAACGUGAACCAUCCACGUGCAUAUCAAUUUUCCAAAUGUUAUCGCCUAAGUUUACAUAUGAGAAUGAGCAAUGUACCAGGCCUUUACACUUUACUCAACUACUGCACUUUGGCUUACUGAAAUAUAUAAGUGUGCUUAUCUCUUAUUUGCCUGAAUGACUUGUAUUG